ACGCCUGGCACCGCAGAAGCAGCGGAUCUGCUCUUCGUAUGUUUUUUCAGUCUCGGGUGGAGUCUACAUCCCGUCGCUUCUCUGCGGGCAACGAGGAGGAUUUCUUUUUUUUUUUUUAUUAGUUUGACUGCUGCUUAUAACCCGCCAAGACAUUGAAGCAGCUCUUCGAAGAUGACGACGACCACCACGUUUCAAGGGUUAGACCCCGGUUCUAAAAGCAGUUCCAGGGUACUACGGCCGCCUGGUGGGGAGUCCAACUUCUCUCUUGGCACAGAUGAAAACUCAACCCCCCAACGCAAGAACAAGAUGGCCUCUAGCAUCUUUGCAGAACCCGAUGACCCCCAUGCUCAUCGAAGGAACAAUCCACCAACUGGGGCUCCCACAGGAACCCUGUGCGGGGAGCCCUCGGCCCCCCUGAGAAGAGUCCAGCAGCCUCUCCUCUUCCCCAAGAACCCCCAGCCGGAGCUGACCACCAUCCACAACUCCGGAGCCGCCAUGAUCUGGAACCAGAGACGAGAGGGUGAGAACGGCCAGGAACAAGCAAACGAUGAGAGCCCUGAAGAUGUGGAGGGGGAGAUGGAGGAGCCCGAUCAGAAGGAGACGUCACAGGCCCCCGCCCCGUCGGGAGGCGCCAACGCUGCCGCGGGCGGCCGGAGGAACCCUCCCGGUGGCAAAUCCAGCCUCAUUCUGGGUUGAGACAACUCCUUUUUCUUUUUUUUGAUAUAUAUUUUUUUUCAUUCAAUCACUCUCUUUUUUUAUUUUUGAAGAUAAAAACACCUCCCGCCACCGUCUUCCUCCUCAUCAACAUGUCACCGUCUCUUCUUGUCCUCCUCCUUCCCGUGCCGUCACGUCCAUGGACUCUUGUUUCCUCUCACUCCACCCUCAAACCUUUUGUUUGAUCCUCUUUUUUUUUUCUAUUGAAAGAAAACUGUUGACAAAAGCACUUUAUGUAUCUCCCACACCCCUCCCAUCUCAGCCCAUCCUGUAGUGCAUCGCGCCUGCUGGAAAAGGCAUGACAUAAUUUUAGCUUGUCCCUCUUUCCUUCCUCCGUUGUAAAUGGUAAAACAAACAAAAAAAAAUAACUAAAAAAGAUUUGAUGUGUGGAUUUCUAAAUACAAUAAAGAUUCAUAUGAAAUUGCA